UGUACCACCUUCUCUCCCGAUUCCCAUCCGGCCAAACCUAGCCGCCAGGUCGCCAGCCUCCCAAUCCUCGCCAGCUCGCCACAUUACGCCUGCCCCGCCACCGCCUCCAUGAAUCAUCUCUCGCGUCCAGGACCCUUCCUUAACUGCGCUAAGCGAGGACCAGCUUCCGGAUCGAGCUUAGCCGACCCUCCCCUCGCUUCGCCCUCCUCCCCUCCACACGUCUCCCCCCAAUCCGCAACCCCCGCCGCCGCCGACGCAGCGCAGCGCGCCCUCCUCGUUCGACCACCGCCUCCGGAUAAUCCACGCGCUUCCUCCGACCCUGCUUCGCUUCGCGCGGCGGCGGCGCGCGCAGCAGCACAGGCAGGGGGCGCGGCGCGGCGAGGAGAUUCAUGGCGGGAGGGGACAGUGAGGUGCGCUAGAGCGGCGAGCGCCGGCGGUAGGCGGCCACGGCGACCGAGGCGGCGACGGAGAUAUGGUGGUAGCGGGGAGCGGUGGAGGGAAUGCGUGGGGGAAGGAGAUGACCCUCCGCCGGAGGAUGGCCAGCAUAUUCAACAAGACGCGGGACCAUUUCCCGUCGCUGAAAGAUUACAACGAUUACCUGGAAGAAGUCGAGGAUAUGACCUUCAACCUGAUCGAAGGAAUCGACGUCGAGGCGAUUGAAUCCAAAAUUGCCAGGUAUCAACAGGAAAAUGCUGAACAGAUUUACUUGUCGCGAGCUAAAAGGGCUGAAGAUCUUGCUGUGGCACUUAAAGCAAGCAGAAUGAUCCCUGUGAAGGCUGAUCCUAGUGAUAUGGCUGCCGGAAGCUCCCAAGGCAUUAGUGGUGGGGCGGGAAUUCAAGGCCAGUAUGCCCCUGCUGCAGUUCCUGGUGGGUUGAAUCAGCCUCGUCCAACAGGUACGGCCCCGCAACCAAUCGGUGGUUUUGUGGAUCCUCUUCAAGGACAUGACGAGGAGACCAUGAGACUUUGUGUGGAGAGAGGAGCUCGAGCAGGUGGUUGGACGGCUGAAUUGGGUAGGAAGAGAGCAUUAGAGGAGGCGUUUAACAGCAUAUUUAUCUAAAGGUUAGAUCAGAUGCAGCACCUAUACCAGAGGAUGCCUGGUUAACUUCCGACAGCCCUCAGACUAGCACAUACUACUUGUUUGAUCUAUAGCAUGGUUUGUGGCCUGCAUCUGGACUUCAAGCACGGGAGAUCAAAAUAUCAUUCAGCAUCAAAUAGCCCAGCAAUCAUCAUGUUGAUGUGCGUAGUAGCUGUGAAACUUGUCAUUGUUCCUCUGUAAUGGCAUGGUAUCUUGUUUUACGAACAUCGCCUCCUCCUGAAUAUAGUAUCACUUCUUCCACUUGACAUUUCUGCAUUGCAGUUUUUA